AUGGCCGAUCACUUUGGGGCGGCUGAAAUCCCUCGUUCCGGGUCACCGGAGAAGCAUGUCAGUGUAGCUGAAGGACAAGAAGAAGUGAAUGAUUGUCCAAUUGAGCAAGUAAGGCUAACAGUUCCGAUCACCGACGAUCCAUUGGUGCCGGUUCUAACGUUUCGGACAUGGGUUCUUGGGAUGACAUCAUGUGCCAUUUUAGCCUUCCUGAAUCAGUUUUUCGGGUAUCGGCAGAAUCAGCUAUACAUUUCAUCAAUAUCAGCACAGAUUAUCACUCUUCCUUUAGGAAGGUUGAUGGCAGCCACACUUCCAACUGCUCAGAUUCGUGUUCCAUUUACAAAGUUGUCGUUUUCGCUCAAUCCUGGACCGUUCAAUCUGAAAGAGCAUGUCUUGAUCACCAUAUUUGCCAAUGCUGGAUCAAACAGUGUUUAUGCUGUGAAUAUUAUUACCAUUGUCAAGGCUUUCUAUCAUAGGGACCUCCAUCCUUUGGCUGCUUAUUUGCUCUCCCAGACUACUCAGGGACCUCCAUCCUUUGGCUGCUUAUUUGCUCUCCCAGACUACUCAGGUCUCCAUGGCCUCGGCAUCGGCUCGAUCGGACUCGACUGGUCCACCAUUGCUGGCUUCUUAGGAUCUCCUCUCACGUACCCAGUCUUCGCCAUUGUCAACAUUAUGGCUGGCUUCUUCAUCAUUGUCUAUAUUGUAGUCCCUACUGCAUAUUGGCUUAAUGCCUACGAGGCAAAGAAAUUUCCAUUCAUUUCCUCUCAUACUUUCGAUUCAACUGGUCAUCCUUAUAAUAUUUCCAGGGUUUUGAAUGAGAAAACUUUUGAUCUUGAUGAAGCUGGGUAUAAUGGUUACAGCAAACUCUACCUCAGUGUCUUCUUUGCCAUGACAUAUGGGUUGAGUUUUGCAACUCUGACGGCUACUAUUUCACAUGUUGCACUCUUCCAUGGCAAAACAAUUUGGAAAAUGUGGACUCAGACACAGGAUAUGUUAAAAGGAAUGGUUGGUGAUGUGCACACAAGAUUAAUGAAGAAGAACUACGAAGCAGUUCCUGACUGGUGGUUCCACACUCUGUUGGUGACAAUGUUCGCGCUUGCCCUCUUCACAUGUGAAGGUUUUGGCAAACAACUCCAACUCCCAUGGUGGGGACUUAUAUUGGCUUGUGCCAUAGCCCUGUUCUUCACCUUACCCAUCGGUAUAAUAACAGCUACAACCAACCAGCAACCAGGGCUAAAUGUGAUCACAGAGUUGAUCAUUGGGUAUCUGUACCCAGGAAAACCUCUAGCAAAUGUGACUUUCAAGACCUAUGGUUAUAUAAGCAUGUCGCAAGCAAUCACUUUUCUGAACGAUUUCAAAUUAGGUCACUACAUGAAGAUCCCUCCCAGAGCCAUGUUUGUUGUUCAGUUGGUUGGAACAAUAGUUUCUUCUUCCAUCUACUUCGGCACAGCUUGGUGGCUUCUCUCAACAGUUGAGCACAUCUGUGAUCCGUCUCAACUACCCGAUGGGAGUCCUUGGACAUGCCCUGGUGACGAUGUUUUCUACAAUGCUUCGAUCAUUUGGGGAGUAGUAGGCCCAAUGCGAAUGUUCACAAAGUACGGGGUAUACCCGGAGAUGAACUGGUUUUUCCUCAUUGGCUUUCUUGCACCCGUACCCGUAUGGCUGCUUUCGCGGAAAUUCCCUGAAAAGAAAUGGAUCAAGCUGAUCCACAUGCCUCUUAUUUUGGGAAGUACAAUGGGCAUGCCACCAGCUAGAUCUGUCAAUUAUUUGAUGUGGGGAGUUGUGGGACUCUUCUUCAACUUGUAUAUUUACAAGAAAUUUAAGGGAUGGUGGGCAAGGCACACUUACGUUUUGUCGGCUGCAUUGGAUGCUGGAAUUGCCUUCAUGGCUGUUGUUCUUUACUUCACCCUUCAAGCAAAGGAUAUCGCUGGUCCGGAUUGGUGGGGUUUGACUACAGAAGACCAUUGUCCAUUGGCUAGGUGCCCAACAGCACCAGGGAUAGAAGUAAAAGGCUGUCCUGUUCUUUGA